GAUGCGGGCAGCUUUUAGGGCCGCUGCUGGUGGAGAGACGCUUGCUUUCCUUUUUAAUUUUUUUCCCAAGCGUUCACUUCCGGGUCCGGCGCCGAUCCGGAUGCCUGAGGCAAAAGGAUGUUUGACCUCCGGAUAAGCGAGGCGCCGCUGUGCAUUCAUUCCCGGCUGCAUCAGUGGCUACAGCAGCGGCCCAGGCGGCGACUCUCCGGCCAGAGGCGGCGGUAGGACGCACCGGCAGUAGUGCGGGAACCGAGUGCGAGCCGAGCUGCGUUCCCUCCCUCGCUUGUUCCUUCCCCCCUGCCUCCCUCGCUCCCUCCCUGCGUGGCUCGCUUUCCUCCUCUGGCCGCCGGCGGGUGCGAUGUGCCGCCGCCGCUGCCCCCAUCGCCGCUGACUGACGGACCGGGGGGCUCCGCCCGCGCCCGGGACAGACCCCGCUGCUCGCGGCCGCGCCUCUGAGCUCUCUAUCGGUAUCAGCUCGCAUCACUGAAAAGACAAUUUUGAAGACAUGUUUUGCUGAACAGACAACUGAGAAAAUUAUUACGAAUGGGAUGAACACGCUCCAGUUAGUUGACUACCUACUGCAAUUUGAAUGUUAACAUUACCCACCUGGUACAGUUACCUAGUGAUGUACCUGUUCUCACAGUACCCUCUUUCAGUGUGUUUGUCUUGAUUAAAGAAUUCAAAGUGGAGUACCGCAAACUUGAUAUGGAUAAUAAAAAGAAAGACAAGGACAAAUCAGAUGAUAGAAUGGCACGACCUAGUGGUCGGUCGGGACACAACACUCGAGGAACUGGUUCUUCAUCCUCUGGAGUUUUAAUGGUUGGACCUAACUUUAGAGUUGGAAAAAAAAUUGGAUGUGGGAAUUUUGGAGAACUACGAUUAGGGAAAAAUUUAUAUACAAAUGAAUAUGUGGCAAUUAAACUGGAGCCCAUGAAAUCCAGAGCACCACAGCUACAUUUGGAAUACAGAUUCUACAAGCAAUUAGGAUCUGGAGAUGGUAUACCUCAAGUUUACUAUUUUGGCCCUUGUGGUAAAUACAAUGCUAUGGUGCUGGAACUGCUGGGACCUAGUUUGGAAGAUUUGUUUGAUUUGUGUGAUAGAACAUUUUCUCUUAAAACAGUUCUCAUGAUAGCUAUCCAACUGAUUUCUCGCAUGGAAUAUGUGCAUUCAAAGAACUUGAUAUACAGAGAUGUAAAACCUGAGAACUUCUUAAUAGGACGACCAGGAAACAAAACCCAGCAAGUCAUUCAUAUUAUAGAUUUUGGUUUGGCAAAGGAAUAUAUUGACCCAGAGACAAAGAAACACAUACCAUACAGAGAACACAAGAGCCUUACAGGAACAGCUAGAUAUAUGAGCAUAAACACACAUUUAGGAAAAGAACAAAGUAGAAGAGAUGACUUAGAAGCUUUAGGUCAUAUGUUCAUGUAUUUUCUGAGAGGCAGUCUUCCUUGGCAAGGUUUAAAGGCAGACACAUUAAAAGAGAGGUAUCAGAAAAUUGGAGAUACAAAACGAGCCACACCAAUAGAAGUGUUAUGUGAAAAUUUUCCAGAAAUGGCAACAUAUCUUCGUUAUGUAAGAAGGCUAGAUUUUUUUGAAAAACCAGACUAUGACUACCUAAGAAAGCUUUUUACUGACUUAUUUGAUCGAAAAGGAUAUAUGUUUGAUUAUGAAUAUGACUGGAUUGGUAAACAGUUGCCUACUCCAGUGGGUGCAGUUCAGCAAGAUCCUGCUCUGUCAUCAAACAGAGAAGCACAUCAACAUAGAGAUAAGAUGCAACAAUCCAAAAAUCAGUCGGCAGACCACAGGGCAGCUUGGGACUCCCAGCAGGCAAAUCCCCAUCAUUUGAGAGCUCACCUUGCAGCAGACAGACAUGGUGGCUCGGUACAGGUUGUAAGUUCUACAAAUGGAGAGUUAAACACAGAUGACCCUACUGCAGGACGUUCAAACGCUCCCAUCACAGCCCCUACAGAAGUGGAAGUGAUGGAUGAAACCAAGUGCUGCUGUUUUUUCAAACGAAGGAAAAGGAAAACCAUCCAGCGCCACAAAUGACUCUGGACACAGACAGAUCAUGGGGAGUUACUUACGUGUUCAUCUGCUGUCUUGUGAUUAAAAUCAUCUCUGUAGUGACCACAUAUGUUUUUAAGGACUCACUCUUAGAAACAAAAAUGUCAUACUUUCAUACUUCAUUUCGUGGUUGUCUUACAUUCGUAUUUUUUUCUAAUUUAACUUUUACGGAAGCUUUAAAGUUUUGUCAAAACAUGAGUGCUUUGCCCAUCAUUGAAUGGAGUGGACCAAUGAGGUGGUAUUGAUGAAUUCAGUUCUCCCGGACAUUUUCCAGAAGCUCUCCUCCUGUUGUAGAAAGCAGUACAGUAUCGUAAAUGUCAACCAGUUCUAUAUGCAACCUGGUUUUUUUAUAACUUCUAUAGGAACAUAAUCAAACAGGAAUUCUCUCCCCAGUGGAUAAUGCAACAGGCAAAACAGAGCUGCCCAAAUAUGUAAAAGAAGUAAUCCUUUGAGAAGUUCAUGAUCUGUGUGACAUCUGCAUUGAUCUCACUGUUACUGAUGGUACUGCUGUUCAUGAGUCGUGUUAACAUUCUCUCUGUGAAAUCAUGGUACAGUCGCUGCCCAGAGGUACUGAGGAGAAAGCUGUAUGGUUUGGCAGAUGGUAGUGAUAAAAUGAAUCACAAGUAGUGUGGUAAAUAUGAGCUCUGCUUUUGUUGCACCACUCUGUGAAGUCCAGUGUUGCCGAAGUGGCAAAAGCGCUUAUUUUUUAAAAACGCAAAAUAUUUGUACAAUGUAACUUUAUGCUUCCAGAUAAUAAUGUAUAUUAGACAGCAAGAAAUGAAUACUUGGAGAAAUGAGAUAUGUUGUAGUUUUUUGGAAAAUACACUAAGGAGAAGGAAUAAAUGUGAAUCUCACUGCGUUGUAUGAGGUUGAAGUCUAAGGAGAUCCCACUGCAACCUGCUGCUGAACGAUUACAUUCUCCUUAAGCAGAAAUCGUUGGAUGUGCCACGCAAUGAUGUCUGUUUAUGAGUUAUUUGCUCUUUGAUAAAAAAAAAAAGACCCCCAGCAAUAAAAACGGGGUCUCUCUCUUGCCCUCUGUGCACCUUAGUCUCUUGUAUUCAACUUUGCUGGUUCUCUGGAAUUUUCCUACUUUUUAGCAUAAUUUUGAUGAUUGAAAACUAUUUUGGAGAGGAUGGGUCAGGUGCUUUGUCCCCAUUGUCUUUUGAAGUGCCUGCAUAUGAACAAGUAACAGUUCUGUAAAAAAGGACACCCAUUCCACUUUUCAAGUGUGCUUUGUUUUAAGCCAUAAAGACACAGGUAUACUUUUGUCACAUUCUACUAGCCAGAAUUUUUGAGGCGAGUUAAGACACAAAGAUCGGCUAGAAAGAUAAUUAUGUUGUUCAAAUCUCAUAUUCAUCUUUCAUUUCUGAAAUUGUUACUUACUUAUUCCUUCCAUGCUACCCCCUCUUUUUGUCUUUAAGUGUGUGCCUCUGGGCAUGCUUAUUUAUUUUUAUUGUCUCAAGGUAACAUUUAAAAUGUGUAAUUAAAGUAAAUAAAUCUACAUUUUUGACUUCAUUAUUGCAUCUACAGGAAUUUAAUUGUACUUUGUAAUUUAUUUUUCUUACUAGCCAAAAGUUCAGCGCAUUGUUUUUGAUGAAUUAGGCACCCAUAUGAAUACCGCAAAUCAGGAGGUUGUUUAUCAUUGUUGCUCUGAAUCCUAUGAUCUUUAUAAGUUCUUGAUUUUAAAGACCUACCCUCAGCCUGAGAAACACUUGCUGUAUAAUUUGGUCAAUAGUUUCCAUUUUCUCUAUUUGUAUAUUGUCAUGAUGUCUUUAACUACAGGAGUUAUAUACUGAGUUUUUAUUUUUGUUUGCUUUGAGCAAGGUAGAUGGAUGUUUUGGCCAUUAUAAUGUGAAACCACUUCUUUCUUUACAGUAUUUGACCAAAUUUGUGUGUCUAUGAUAUUUGUAAAUACAUGCGAUAUCUGUAUUUCUUAUCAUAAGCCUGUUUAGUUUUAUUCUCAGUAGGAUUUUUGGACUGUACAGUGUUUAUAUGAUCUGAACUCCUUAUACAUAAGAAGGUGUGUAUAUUAAUCCAAUUAUGGACUUAAAAUAUUUUAAAAGUAUAAAUACCCUUAUUUGCUGCAAAGACCAGUGUGUAGACAUUUGCUUUUUAGCAAUAUUUUUAAGUGCUCCAUUUUAAUGCCAAGAAAUAAGUCUUUUGGCAACACAAACUGGUCAAUAAUAGGUAAUGCAGGUAUGUUCAGGUUAAGCCAACAAUGUUUUGCAUUUUUAUGCUUCUUUUCUGUCAACACUAAUGAAGUCAACAUUGCCUGAAUGUCUGAAUAAUGAAACACAUCCCUGUUUAAAAGUAUGUAACUGAAAAAGAAAUAAAAAAAUAAAGGUAGUUUUUUUAAA